GGCAGCAGCAUGCUGAGAUGCGCAACCAACACCAACCAUCGCAUCGGAACCGUCAUCGAUGACCGUCACGUAGCACGCGCACUCACCCGAGCCGACGGGACAGCAGCGACCAGCAGCGAGAGAGUGAGUGCGGUGAGAUCCAACCGUGAGAGCAGCAGCGAACGCCGCCGCCGUAGCCAUCAUCAUCAUCAUCGAUACUCGUCGCCCUGCAGUCAAUGUGAUGGUUUGUUCCAUACACGUCGCGUGGGUUCUACGCGCGCGUAGAGCCUUCCACGUGGUUCUGGAACGUUAGGUUUUUGGUAUAUAUAUGCGACCCGUUCGCGGUCGCAAGUCAGUUGUAAUUUAAGUGUGGAAUACUUACGAGCGUUCGCGUGGCUCGAACAACGCGAAGUGUCAAUUAAAAGUGAACCAGUGAAUUUCCCUCGCGGUCCGAAACCCCCCAAGUUCCAUUUCUCUAACUCCGUGCCAUACAGUCCAGUGCUUUCGCCUAAAAUUACUUGUGUUCAUUGCCGAACACAAUUUGGUCCUUCGAACCGGAUAAGGAUCCGGUAGUGUGUAAAAGCGUUCCGCGUGGCUUGAACAACGCGGUAGUGUGUCGUCUAAAAAGCGUCCCGCGUGGCUUCGACAGCGCGGCAGUGCGUAGUUUAAAAGCGUACACGUGGCUUCAACAGCGUGCUGUGCAGUGAAGAGCGUGGACGUGGCUUUGACAACGUCCGUAUCCGUGUCGGUCCGCGAGUGUCGUCGCGUAGUGAUUUUAUCCGUCGUUCCGGAGUUCGUGUGUUACUUAUUCCAUCCGGUCCGACCAGCGCGUCGAUUUUUGUGAUACCCCGAUUGAGUCCGCCGUCGCGUAGUGCUAUCUUUCGUUACUUCGGGCAUUGUGUGAUAUUUUCCACCCGUUGUGACAAGCGCGUCGGUCUCCUGCCAAUACGUGGUUGAUUUCACCGUCGCGUAGUGUUUUGUGUUCGUCGUUUCGGAAUCGUUAAGUGAUUUUUCCCUCCGUGGCGACACACGCGUCGGUUUCGGUGAUUGUAUCCGGUGAAGCGAAAUUUCCCGUUAGUCGCCGUAGUGUUGAGUGUUGCUGCCACCGCUUCGGACUCCGUGUGCUCCCUCCCAUCCAUCGCCACAAAGGCGUCGAAAUUCCUGUCCACAUCCCCGUGUUACUGACCCGUGAAGGAUUACAUCAGGAUGCCACCCAAACGGACACCGGUGAAGAAGGUGCCUGAUUCUGUCGAGUGUGAAGCCCAGCUUGGGGCGCUAGUCCACAACCGUGGAUUAGCACAACGAAACGUGGCCAGAAUCCUAACCAUCCUCAAGCAAGCCGAAUUGGACAGGAGUGAACUCAGCCCAGCCCAAGUCAAGGUGUACCAACGGAGUGUUGAGACUGAAAAGGCCGAGUUCAUCAGAAUGCACCAGGAAAUUGUGGCCCAGUCCCCUGCCGACAAGCGCGAUGAGCAAGACGAUCCCUACCUUCAAUUCAUGCACCUGUACGAGGAGGUGUCUGUGCUGCUCGAGAGCUGGAACGAGAAGCUAACUGCGCCCCCAACCCAGCAGCAACCGUGUGUCACCAACCAGCAACCGAUCAUCGUUCAGUCCCAAUCCUUCGGUGCUCCAUUGCCAACCUUCGAUGGUCAUUAUGAAGCAUGGCCCCGCUUCAAGGCUAUGUUUCAGGAUCUGAUGCAGCGCUCAUCAGAUUCGGACGCGGUGAAGCUGUACCACCUGGAAAACUCGUUGAAGGGAGACGCCACCGGCGUAAUCGACCUACAAACGUUGCAGGAUAACAAUUACCAGCGCGCAUGGGACAUCUUGGAGGAGAGAUUUGGCAACAAGCGGCUAAUAUUGGAAUCUCACAUCCUGGGCCUGUUAAACCUAAAACAGAUGGCAAGGAGAUCGUCGAAGAAACUCCGGAGGCUCGUCGAUGAAUGCACCCGCCACGUGGAGAACCUCAUCAAGCUUGGUCAACCGCUUGCAGGAAUGUCGGAGCUUCGUGGUGACUGUACUCACUGGCGCAUUGGAUGA